AUGAAUCAGGAAAGGAAGUUCUUCGAGAAGAACGAGCCCGGUUACCGCCGGAGUGAGCCCGUGAGCUUUGCGGAGGUGGCCGUGUAUUUCAGCAGGGAGGAGUGGGCACUGCUGGACCCUUCGCAGCGAGCGCAGUACCGGGAUGUGAUGCUGGAGACGUACGAGUCCGUGGCCUGGCUGGCUGAACUUCCAGUCCCCAAACCCAUGGUGAUCUCCCUGCUGGAAGGAGGGGAAGAGCCCUGGAUCCCAGAUGUGCACAGCCAUGAGGACGUAGCGGAAGACUUUUGCCCAGCAGCAGAUGAGACCUCAGGUAUAAAUGAGGAUCUGCAGAGAAGUGGUGUGGCCAAAAGGCUUUGGGGUAGUGCCUCCAUGGUAGAAAUCAGAGAUGCCCAAGGGGGCCUGGAGCAAGGAGAGCACUUCAGGAAGCCACUGGGAAACCAUCCGGGAAAGAGAGUGAGAAAUCCCCUGAGCCGCAGCUCAGAUCAUGAGCAGCCUGAAGGCCUAAGGAGCGACGAUGAGCGCCAGGAGAAAAGGCAGAGCCCGUGUGAUGUGUCUGGGAAAAGCUUUAAGAGGUGUUCCAGUGACGUUAACGGUCAGCGCAUACAUCCUGGGGAGGGGCUGUACAAGAGCUCUGACUGUGAAAAGAGCUUCAAAUGCGGUUCCGACCUCACUGUCCGUCAGCGCAUCCACACGGAAGAGAACUGCUUUAAGUGCUGCGAGUGUGGGAAGGGCUUCAGAAGCAGUUACAACCUCACCUGCCACCGGCGCAUCCACACAGGGGAGAGGCCCUACGAGUGCCACGAGUGUGGGAAGAGCUUCAGAAGGAGUACCCACCUCGUCUGCCACCGGCGCAUCCACACAGGGGAGAGGCCCUACGAGUGCUCCGAGUGUGGGAAGAGCUUCAAAAAGAGUACCCACCUCGUCUGCCACCGGCGCAUCCACACGGGAGACAGACCCUACCAGUGCUCCGAGUGUGGGAAGAGCUUCAAAAGCAGAACUGAACUCAUUUGUCACCAGCGCGUCCACACAGGAGAGAGACCCUACAAAUGCCCCGAGUGUCACAAGAGCUUCAGAGCCAGAUCCCACCUCAGAUACCACCAGCAUGUCCACACGGGAGAGAGACCCCACAAGUGCCCCGAGUGUGGGAAGGGCUACAGAAGCAAUUCGGACCUCAAGUACCACAGACGCACCCACACAGGAGACAGACCCUAUAAGUGCCCUGAGUGUGAGAAGAGCUACAAAAGCCAUUCUGGCCUUAAUGGCCACCGGCGCAUCCACACGGGAUAGCGAUCCUACGAGUGCCCUCAGUGUGGGAGAGCUUCAAAUUCACUUCUGCCCUCCUUCCGCACUUCUUCCCUCUGCUCCCAUGAGCACAUCCACGCAGCACACGGACCGCAGCAGUGCCCUGAGUUGACGAGAAGCUUCAGAAGCACUUCCAGCCUCGUUACCUCCCUGCACAUCCACACAGGAGACGGAGCCUGCAAGUGGCCCGAAGAGCGUGCACUCUUCCCUGACAGGUGAACGCAUGCUUUAAUCUAGUCGUGUCGUGGUGUAGACAGCAGGCAGCACUCGGCGUAAUCAAUAUGUGAGCCCAGCUGGGAACGGUGCACGUGAGUGAGAACAGAGAAAUGUCAGCUCCGUCCAUGUUUGGGUACGUGACAUUGGCUGUAGAUCAGCUCCAGUUCCUCCGGUUCCGUUGCUUCUUCUGGAUGCAUCUGAUGAAAUUCUACUUCCAGUUUCCUGACUUCUCCUCUUCACCGCUCCCAUUACCUACAGGAGAAAUGCUGCUCGGUGGCGUUUUACUACUCUCACCAAACCAAGCCACAGAAACCACGCCACAGAGAUCUGAGGUUUCCUCAAUGAAACACCCGUUUCAACACACUCGGAAUCAGCAAGCCCUUUCCCCUUCAGUCUUGACCCCGGUAGGACAGAAGAGAGCCCUAACUGGAGAGAGGCUGUGUCCCAGCUGGAGUUAUCUGUUAGGUACACUGCGUGCCCAGCAGGGAAUGGUGAGUUCGCCAUCUUGAGGGUCCCACUCGGGCGCUCAGAGGAACUGCUCACAUUUUCACUUGUGCUGAUUGAUGAGCCCGCCCUGAUUUGUCUCCUGCCCAGUGUAUCUGGGGGUCUUCCCAUGCUUUGGUUGGACUGUAGGAUCUGGGAGAGGACAGAACCAGGUGGAACGGAGAGGACAGAACCAGGUGAAAGGCUGGGGCCUUACUGUACCCCCUGGAUGAAAGCUGACCUACAGAUCAACCUCACCAGCUCUCACAGUAUACCUGAUAGGUAAAGCAUUAAUUGCACACAGAAGAUGCCAUUUAUCUAUAUUUUGCCAUGUCAGUAGAUGUAUUCUGGUGUUUACCUACGGAGGCUCUGUUGUAAUGCUUAAUACGUAGUAACAGCGGUCAAAUGAUAUCUGUCUUAAUCACAAGGGAACCCUGCUGCAAUGUCUGUUACCCAGUGAAGCCUGUUGCAGGGGGCCUGGGCAGUCUGGCCAAAGAGGACUGUGGUGCACCACAACAGAUAGCACAACUCCCUUGGUUUCUCCUUGACCCCUGGCCUGAUUUUUUGGGGGAAAACCAACAGGAGAAAAGCAGACGUUGCGCCUUGCAUUUAUGUAGAUUUGGGUAUUCAGUGGUAUAAAGGUGUGAGAAGCUGGAAGACUUUUUUGGUUCAAAGCUUGCUCAGCGGCGUCUAUCUACUGAGCAGACAUAACCUGCUCAAUCAGCUUUCGGAGUUCAUGGCUAAUUACCAUGAGCCCAGCUGUAAGGGGAUGAACGUUCUGUUCCUCCUGAUGGACAUAAUGUGGGCACCUGACAGCUACCACCACCAUGAUGAACAGGAUGUGAUGCCCCUGAGAACUGGGGUAAGCAGGAGGGCCCCUGACAACCAGCUGCUGCCCCUGGUAACAGAAAGGACGCUAUGGAGAGGAUGAAGACCCAAAGAGUUCCAAGGAAGAACAGGUAUCCCUUCCACCCAGCUGUGGAGUUCAAUGAGACAUCACUGACUGCCUCCCUGCAGACCAACGAGACGUCGCUGGAUCCCUGCUGGUCACCAUCCCCGCUCCGUAAGCCGUUUGCUAGAAUUUCUCUCUUUACCAUCACCCACUUCCCCAUCAUCCGCACAUCCCUUAGUCAAUUAGAACUUGCAAUCAAUCAACUGGACGGCACUGGCUUUGUUUGCUGCCUUCAUUUUCCUCUGGGUGUAUAUAGAUAUAUAUAUAAAACCAUCUCCUCCAGUAAUUGGUGCAAAACUAAAGGCUGCAUCUGCUUGCAUCGACUUUGGAGACCUCACCUACAGGCUGGGCUCAUCACUGCAGGACUUCCCAACUGCCGGACAGGUCCUCCAGACCCUCCCUGCAAAUGGGGCUUCCCAUUGCAGCGACUGCAGGUCUGGAUGAUGGUAGUGCAUGAGGGCAAUUGGUGGUGUCUCUUUUCUAAUCGCUAUCGCUAACGCCAUGUAGUAAUGAGCAGAUGCACUGCCUUGCUUAUUUUCUUUGAUGUUAAGCUUAUCUUUUGACUAUAGGCACUGCUUUAUUUUUGUAUUACUUUGAAAUGGACAGUAGAAUGAGCCUAUGCCUUUUGUUGGUGUCUGUGUCCUUCCUGUCGACCCUGUCAAUUGGGAAAACAUAUAAAUAUGCAAUUCACCGGCAUAUAUAUUCAUUUUUUUUCCCCAAAACUCACUAAUGCACGCUAAUGUCUCUCUGGGCAUGCACAGUUGCAUCUAAGAUAGUGGUACAAUGACUUGCUUCCUCCCCUUUAUUAAUCCCUCAUCUUAAUCUCUGUGGCUGUUGGCUGACCUUCAACUGUUGUUCCCCAAUUUAGCAAGAUUCCAUUGCUUGUUACGCCAUAAAGAACCACUUCCUAUCUUGGUACACUGUAACUCACAGCAGUUUAUAUAAAACCCAUCAGAUCCAUCAGAAAUGUCAUCAGCAUUAAUGACAA